CACACUCAUAUGCAUUUAUUUUCAUCAUUAGAAAUCAUGAACACUAAAUAUAUCUUCAAAUUCUUUAGUAUCUCCUUGCUCUUCCUCUACCACCAUGAUCCUUAUUCUCCUAUUUUCCCUUGUCUUCUCCCCUCAAUUUCGACCCGUGACAUCCUCCCAUUGUACCACAAUUACUAGUACCAAAAAUUUUGAAAAAUGUAUGACACUUCCUACCCAACAAGCAUCCCUUGCGUGGACUUACCACGCGCACAAUCCCACCCUUGAUCUUGUCUUCUUUGGUAACUUCAUAUCUCCUUCGGGAUGGGUAGGUUGGGGGAUCAAUCCUACUACUGCGGAGAUGACAGGCACCCGUACCCUAAUUGCCUUCCCGGACCCUAACACAGGCCAACUAGUCCUCCUCCCUUAUAUUUUAGACCCAACGGUUAAACUUCAAAAGGCUCCAUUAUUAUCACGCCCUCUUGAUCAUAUCCACUUGUUGACAUCAUCAGCAAAAAUGUAUGGUGGAAAAUUAGCCACAAUACAUGAUGGAGCCCAAGUUGAAAUAUACGCCACAAUCAAGCUCUCCCCUAACAAAACAAAAAUCCAUGUUGUAUGGAAUCGCGGUGUUUAUGUCCAAGGAUAUUCACCUACCAUACAUCCAACUACGAUCAAUGACCUCUCUUCUGCAACCACCAUAGACCUCCUUUCCGGUGUUGCAAGACACGAAAGUGACCUAAAAACCUUGAAAAUAGUACAUGGUGUUAUGAAUGGAAUCUCAUGGGGAGUCAUGCUUCCAAUAGGUAUAAUCAUGUCACGUUACUUAAGACAUAUAGAAGCAUUAGGCCCUACGUGGUUCUACGUGCAUGCCGGCAUGCAACUCACCGGAUUCUUCCUAGGAACCAUUGGUUUCGCGAUAGGGCUUAAACUAGGGGAACUAUCGCCUGGAAAAGUGUAUGGGUUGCAUAGGAAGCUAGGGUUUAUCGCGGUAUGCUUGGGAAGUCUACAAACACUAGCAUUAUUAUUUAGGCCAAAGACAACAAACAAGUAUAGAAAAUAUUGGAAGUCAUACCAUCAUUUUGUAGGGUAUGCUUGUGUGGUUUUAGGGGUUGUGAAUGUUUUUCAAGGGUUUGAAGCAAUGGAGGCAAGCCGGUCUUACGUGAAAUUGGCCUAUUGUUUGUGCUUAUCUACCUUGAUUGGUAUAUGUAUAGCAUUGGAGGUUAAUAGUUGGGUUGUGUUUUGUAGAAGAGCCGAGGAAGAAAAAUUGAAAAGAGAUGGAGUCAUAACAAAUCCAAGCUCGGAGAAAGCUAGUGGUAGCUUCAAUUGAUGAACAAAUUUUGCUUUCUACUUAUUUUUUUUAUAAAAAAUUCUUUUUCGCAAUUUUUGAGAUUUAAUUUUUACAAAUGUAUACUAGCUCGAUUAAUUGAGGCUUAUUUCAAUUUGCGAUAGCCGAGGGAAAAAAAAAGGAAAAGAAAAAACUACUCCUUUGUUCAUCAAUUGAAGCUAUAAUGUCUAAUCUUCUCCAAUUUUGACAAAAAGGGGCCUAAUCUUUCUUUAUUUCUUACUAGUUCACCUCUUGCAUCAAUGUUUUUUUCCCUUCAUAUUAUUAAGUUGGCCCUCUAUGAGAUGCUAAUCUAGCUAGUUUGUUUCAAAUAAUACUAAUAAAACAUUUAAGUUGAAAGGUCUAAUAUAUUUCAUUAUCAAAUUAUUUUCUCUAAACUCAUUUUAGUUCUUUUUUUAAGCACAGAGUUACAUAGAAAAAAUGAUGUAGAGAGGGUGGUUUCAUAUGAAACAAAUUCAAAUAUUGAUUAAAAUAAAAAAAAAAAUUGUUUGUUUUGGUGCUAAAGAAGGGCUCCGAAAAAUAAAAUAAAAAUAGAUAACUACACGUAGUCUCAACUGUAAAUUGCUUACCCUUAUCAAAUAUAUAUAGGCCAACCCAACCAAAAUUUGCCAGAUUAGAUCAAUAACAAUGUAUUUGAUGGAAAGGAAGAUAUAGUAAAAUAAA